AUGACAUUAGAGAAGGGCGACGUCGACAUUACCAAGUUUCCCCACGAAAUCGAUGAUGGCAUCACUGAUAGCGUCACCGAGGUGUUCGAUCUGAGCGAGCUUGAAGAGGUUGAAGGCGACGCUGAACCGCUUAACGCUCCUCCCAAGGAUAAAGGGUACGCGUGGGUGGUAGCCGUCGCUGGACUCUUGGGCCAAUUGUGUACUUGGGGUUGCUUCUCGCUGUACGGGGUGUUUUUGCUGUACUAUCUUAGUACCAACCCCGAAAAUGUGCUGCCGUAUAAUUAUACGUUGAUUGCUGGUCUCAUCUUCUUUUCCUGUGCCGUACUCGCCCCAGUAUCUCUCAUUGCUUACCGCCGAUUUGGGUUCCGAUGGGUAGCUGCUGGCGCCGUUGUCGGUCAGACUGGCGGCUACUUGAUGGCCCUGUGGUCAACAAAGCUCUGGCAGUUAUAUUUGACUCAGGGGGUACUUGUGGGAGCGCUGGCGGUGUUUAUCUAUAUCCCCAUCACCAGUAUUGUCCCCACUUGGUUUGAGAAAUACUUAGCUACCGGUCAAGGGAUCACCGGAGCCGGUAUCGGUACUGGCGGUAUCAUUUUCUCGCUCACCAUUAACGUAAUGAUUGAGAAGUAUGGCGUGGGAUGGGCUCUCCGUAUGGUGGGAAUGGUUUCAGGUUUUGCCGGAGCCUUAGCCGCUUUAAUCCUGAGGGAAAGAGUGCCCACAAAGCGAGUACCGUUAAAGCAAGAUAUUAAAGAAGUGUUUGAUUUCAGGGUAUUUAAUCUGGUACCGAUGUACGCGUUGCUCGCGUGGUACUGUACCGGUUUUAUUGGCAGUAACAUGUUGCUUAAUACCCUCCCCACUUAUGGUAUUGACCAAGGGUUACUGCCAAAACAAGCGCUGAUCCUUUCCGCCACCAUUAACGCCGCCCAGCUCAUUGGCCGUCCAUUGAUUGGAGUAUUGGCUGACCAUUUAGGUCGUGUCAAUUUUAGCAUUUUCCUCAACGGCUAUUUGACUAUAGUCAUGUGUGUGAUGUGGCCGUUGAGUCACCUGUUUGGCGUGCUUCUUGGCUUUGCCAUCCUUAUUGGCCUUGGCUUCGGGGCGAUGCUGACAAUGAUGCCGCUGUUGAUGCUCGAAACUACCGGUGAUCGGCGUGUUCUUGUCCCCGGGUGGGCUGGUUGUAACAUGGCGUCGUCGAUUUUCCAGUUGACGACCCCCACUGCAGCCAUGGGCAUCCGUAAUGCCACCCACUCUUUCAUCGUCAGUCAGGAGAUUGGGGGCGUUUCCUUUGGCAUUGGCUUUUUGGGCCUUUUAAUCGUGCGGUGGUACAUUAUUAAAAGGAAAAACUUAGGCAUGUGGCUGAAAAUCUGA